GAGUGCCCAGAGUCGGCUGUAAAAGCCUCCACACAACAGUUGUACAACCUGCAAGAAGUACAGCUCUCCGGACCAGCACUUGCAUCACACCUUUUUGGGCACGAACUACCAACUGCCCACAUCACCCAAAAUUGUGGAUAUGAAGCCCUGCAGCACCAGCACUGAUCCUGAACCCAAUCCUGCCGAGUGCCCUCGACUCCACCUAGACCAGCCUGCUCAACACGACCUGGAAAUACCUAUGGGGACUUCCAGCGACGAGCUCACCUCCGUGGUAUUCCUGGCCUCUGGCUCUGUCCUGCAGCUGCCCCUGGAUGACUUCGACCUACACAUUGAGCCCCAGCCCAACUCGAUCCUGCAAUUGUCGCUCCCAGGACACACCAUCCUCGUGGUUCCCGAAGGCCUCCAGGACUCCACUUGGCCAGGACAUCCUGAGUUCUCCCUUUCCCGCCCGCUUGCAUCCCCUCUCCUGAACAUGCCCCGGGACCUUAUAGUCAUCCAGCCAGAAUCCUUCAGUGCUUCGGUAAGAGACAGCGAGGGCUUGGAAUGUGCCUCUCCCUCAGGGAUGCCAUGGAUGAACGAUCCAGAUGGCCCGGACCCAGAACUUGAUCUCUCAUUUUCUUCAUUAGAUGGCUGUAGUCCUUCAGCCUCUCCUGGGGCAGAGAGUUUUGCUUCGGGGUCCACCUGGAGCCUACAAAGUAGCAUGCUGGAGCCGCUUACAGACUCACCACUGCAACCUCUCCCUCCAUCUCCUCCGAGCCACCACGAACAGAGCCCUCUGAGUCCCGUGAGACCUAAUCGCCCUCCAUGCAAGGCCAAGAGGUGCCUCCUCUUCUAGGAAAAUUUCAGUGCUCCAGCAACACACAGCGAAAUGGACAAUUAAUUGCCUGGACUUCCAGACAUCCUGUGGACACCCAACAACCUAAUGUUGAGCCUUUGUGCACACAGUGCUUUCUGCUGCACACUAGAGACAG